AUGGAGUUGAACGAGGGGACAGCUGGAAUUGGAUCUAAUAAGACGGCGUCGGAGAGUGAUGAAGUGGCGGUACCCGAGUCGCUGCAAGUUACUGAUAAAAUCUGCCGUUUGAUGUUGGCUCCGGUGACCGAUAAUUCUAGUUCUUUCACGGCUCUGCUUGAACCUCCGGCUCUCCAAGCCGUUCAGCUCAUUCAAUCUCCGGACUCGUCUAAGCUUAUUGCUGCUCCAGCUCCGGCUCCGAACGUUGAUGUUUUCAAAGGCAGCUUUCAUUUUCCUUUUAAUAGUGGGUUAAUCGAACGAGCUGCGAAGUUCUCUAUGUUCACCGGAGAUGAUAUUGGUAACAUCAACGGCAAUAACAAAAGCAACUCGCCUGAACCAAGGUCGUACAAUUCAAGCGCCAGUCACCAGAAACCGGUGAAGAGCGAGCCGGGCGAGACCGAGACACCUCAGCCGUUAGUUUCUGAUCCAACGGUGGAGAACCGGAGUAUCAAGAGAAAAGACAUAGGAAAGGUCAAAGGGUCGACAAAGAAAAGCAUAACAGCGGCGGAAGAGAGCUCCGACGACACCGAAAAGCUACCUUACGACCAUGUUAGAUCUCGCUGGGGACAAGCCACGGAUAGCCAUUGCUCAGCUGAGGGAGCAAGGAUAGAGACGAUAAAUGCACGCAUGAAGCUUCUACAGGAGUUGAUUUCAGGAUGCAGUACGAUCUCGAGCACAGCGUUGGAGUUGGAUGAAAUCAUCAAUCACGUGCAGUCCAUACAGCGUCAAGUGGAGUUCUUAUCAAUGAAACUCGAUGCAGUUAACCGGGGAAUUGAUUUCAACCUCGAUAGCGUAUUCACAGUAGACAUUUGGAUCUUUCUCACUGCCAACCUUGCUAUAGAGAUUAUAUCGACAGUUUUCGACCAGCUUGCUUCAGUGCGUAAGCCGGGAUUUUCCUUGGCAGCAAUGUUAAUGUCUUUCACAGGUUUGUUCGGAUGCAUAACCGAGCUAGCUUAUAAGGGUAGAAAGGAAAAGGGCAGAUGGAGAUGGGAUAACCCCACAACGUAUAGGCGUUUCUGUAAUUUUGCAGAUAUAUUGGCCAAUUCUGAUAAUCCCAUCAAGCUCAACUUUUGGCCAAUUCUUUUUGCAAUUGCUCUUUUGUGCUCUCAUUUUCUAAAGGAUCGAAGUUGGAAGGCGUCUCGGCUUUUUCAUGAAGGUCAUACUGCAAAUGCUUCUCAACAGAUCAAUGUAGCUGCGAAUAUGAAGCAGAAGGUUUACGUGUAA